AUGGUUUACGCUGUCCCAGACUCUUACUACGUCUAUAGCCCUACGAAGGGCGUCUCCAUUGUCUUCGCUGUCUUGUUCACUAUCUCCGGCGUCCUGCAUAUCUGGCAAAACAACGUCAAGUACCGCUCCUGGCGCAUCGGCUUCCUCUUGCCCUGGGCGGCCCUCCUCUUUACCGCAGGAUUCUCUCUUCGAGAGUACGGCGCCUAUCAUCCCAACCAGAUCGGCGAGUACAUCGCCAGCCAAGUCCUCCUCUUCGUUGCUCCACCUGUCUAUCAGGGCGCCAACUACUUUAUCUUCGGACGCGCGCUUUACUAUCUCCCAUACCUCUCCCCUAUCCAUCCAGGUCGUGUGACGAACUGGACCACCUUUGUCGCGCUCGACACGAUUGACGGAAUCCUGGCCGGGAAUGGAGCCGCCCUAGCUGCCAACCAGGAGAAUCCAGCUUCCAAGAUACACAUUGGCAUCAUCCUGGUCAAAGUCUCUCUUUUCCUCCUUUUGGUCAUGUUCCUCGGCUUUGUCACGCUGAUCGUCAACUUCCACCGACGCGCCGUCGACCACGGCGUCUUCAACCGCAAGAUCCGCAUCGUCAUCUACACCAUGUACGCGUCCUCGCUCCUGAUCCUGCUGCGCAACUGCUUCCGAACCGCUACAUUCUUCUACUCCUACAAUAGCGUCGCCAACGGCGAGGAAUGGCCUUUUUGGGUCUUUGAAGCCCUUCCCAUGCUGUGCAACUCUAUCAUGCUGAAUGUCUGGCCUCCAGCCAAGUAUCUGCCAGCCAAUCACAAGGUCUACCUGGCCAUAGAUGGGAAGACGGAGCUAGUUGGGCCUGGCAUGGUAGACAAACGGCCGUUCCUGGCCUCGUUGUUCGACCCCUUCGACCUCAUCGGACUGUUCAGAGGAAAGGAUAACAAGAAUCGCUUUUGGGAGACAGACGGUAUCGGUGGACCUAAGGCGAAUGGCGACGCUAUGGACACUGGUGCACCUGAGGUGGAGGAAGCAAGGGUCAAAGGUAAUGGCAUCUAG